AUGUCGGGCCUGCCCAUCAGUAGACAUGUUGACAUACAGAUGUCGGGCCUGCCCAUCAGUAGACAUGUUGACAUACAGAUGUCGGGCCUGCCCAUCAGUAGACAUGUUGACAUACAGAUGUCGGGCCUGCCCAUCAGUAGACAUUUUGACAUACAGAUGUCGGGCCUGUCCAUCAGUAGACAUUUUGACAUACAGAUGUCGGGCCUGCCCAUCAGUAGACAUUUUGACAUACAGAUGUCGGGCCUGCCCAUCAGUAGACAUUUUGACAUACAGAUGUCGGGCCUGCCCAUCAAAAUGUCUAACAUCCGGUGUUUGGACCAGAGUUUGGAUGCGGCAAAGACUCUCUCACAACCUCCCUCACUACCUAACACGCCCUCAAAACCUCCCUCACUACCGCGCCAGGACCGCGCCCGCCCCACAACCGCCCGCACGACCGAACACCCCGGACAACCGCCCGCACAACCGCCCGCGCGACCGAACACGUCCCCAGAACCGCCGCCCGCCACAACGUCCCGCGCGACGAACCCGCCCGCAGACCGCCGCAGGACCGCGCCCGCCCGCACAACCGCCCGCACGACCGAACCCGCCCGCACGACCGAAAACGGCGCACAACCGCCCGCACGACCGAACACGCCCGCACGCGCGCCCGCAGGACGGCCGCCCGGAAAACCGCCCGCACGACCGAACCCCCCAACAACGCCAGCACGACCGAACCCGCCCGCAACAAACCGCCGCAACGACCGAACCCGCCGCACAACCGCGGCACGACGUCACCCCCCACAACCUCCCUCACUACCUAACCCGCCCUCACAACCUCCCACUACCGAACCCCCGUCACUAACUACACUCCUCACAACCUCCCUCGCGUACCGUAACACGCCAGCACAACCCCGCACGACCGAACCCGCCGCACAAACCGCCCGCACGACCGAACGCCCGCACGACCGAACACGCCCGCACAACCGCCCGCACGACCGAACACGCCCGCACAACCGCCCGCACGACCGCGCAGACCGCGCCCGCCGCACAACCGCCCGCACGUACCGAACACGCCCGCACGACCAACACGCGCGCACAACCGCCCGCACGACCGACACGCGCGCACAGCCGCCGCACGACCGCGCCCGCCCGCACGACCGAGCAGCCCGCACAACGCCCGCACGACCGAACCCGCCCGCACAAACCGCCCUGCAAGACCGCACGCACGACCGAACCCCCGCACAACCGCCCUCACGACCGAACCCGCCCUCACUACCUCCCGCGGGACCCGGCCAUCCCGCACAACUCCCGCGCUACCGAACAGCCCGCACAACCUACCCACGACCGAACCCGCCGCACGACCGAACACGCCCGCACAACCGCCCGCACACCGAACCCGGCCGCACGACCGAACACGCCCGCACAACCGCCGCGGACCGCACCCGCCCCACAACCGCCCGCACGACCGAACCCGCCCCGCACAACCGCCCGAAAGACCGAACCCGCCCGCACAACCGCCCGCACGACCGAAGCCGCGGGACGACGCCCGGACAGCGCCCGAAAAAAACCCGCCCGCACAACCUAACCCGCCCGCACAACCGAACCCGGCCAAAACCGCCCACACCGAACCCCCGCACAACCGAACCUCCCUCACGAGCGAACCCCCCACACCAACCCCCCCACUAA